CUACUCGUUUUAGUUCACAAACAAACGUGAAGCCGCAGACGAGCAACGAGUCGGAGGAGUGACUUGACGUUUGUGUAAGAGAAGUGAUAUGUUCAAAGAAAAAUCGUAAACUGAUCAUAGGAACGUUCACGCUGGAAAUGAAGAUGGCAUCAGUAAAACAUAUAAGUUCUGUUCAUGAUGCUACUGUCAUCAAACAAGAGCCAGUUGAGGCUGACCCACUUGCAUCCCCAAAGCAAGAGAUGUAGAGCGCUUGCCCGUGAAAGGCAAAGGUCCCGAGUUCGAGUCUCGGUCGGGCACACAGUUUUAAUCUGCCAGGAAGUUUCAUAUCAGCGCACACUCCGCUGCAGAGUGAAAAUCUCAUUCAAGAGAUGUAUUACAUAUCUGUUAAGGAAGAAACUCCAGUUGAGGACAACCCACUUGCAUCCCCAAAGCAAGAGAUGGAGUAUGUGUCUGUUAAGGAAGAAGCUCCAGAGUGGGAGGCGCCGGAUGGCCACAAUAGUAUGCAGGAUCCGCUAAGCAUUGUUAAAGAGGAAUGUUCAUCUUCAGAAGAUUUUCUCGGCCCUAGCAAUCACAGUAUUGAGGAGGAGGAGGAGGAGGAGGAGGAGGAGGAGGAGGAGGACAACGACGACGAGAAAGACGAGGAUGCAGUGUGUGAGGAUGACUUUGAGGAGCUGAAACAUGAAGUAGAGUCAAGUGGCAGUGAACCAGAAAGUACUAUUCCUGUUGGUGUGGACGACGACAAGACUAACAGUGAUGGCAGAAGUUUGAUUGCCUGCAUUCAACCGGCUUCAGGAACAGACAACAGGAUACAGUGUACCACCAGGCAGGAAGCAUUCAAUCGGAAUAAAAUUGGUACAAGACAUUUGGGGCACAGAUGUGGCAUCUGCAAAACAACAUUUGCACAAUUGCAGGAACUGAAGAAGCACACACACUUGAACCGAUGUGAACUUCAGCAUUCGUGCAGCGUGUGUGACAAGAUAUUCACAAACAGUACUGAUUUGAAGGGGCACUUCAGAGAGCACACUGGUGAACGCCAAUACAGCUGUGGCGUUUGCAACAAGACAUUUGCACAACGUUGUACCCUGAAGCAGCAUUUGCGGUUGCACACUGGCGAACGCCCGUACAACUGUGAGUUUUGCAGCAAGACAUUCAUACGAAAUACAUGUCUGAAGCAGCAUUUGCGGGUUCACACUGGCGAACGGCCCUACAACUGUACCGUUUGCAACAAGACAUUCACACAAAGUUAUACACUGACGCAGCAUUUACGGUUGCACACUGGCGAGCGCCCAUACAGAUGUAGGGUCUGCAAAAAGACAUUCACACGAAGUAGUACACUGAAGGAGCAUUCGCUAUUGCACACACUGGCGAACAUCCCUACAGAUGUGGCGUCAUUCAUCUCCAAAAAUAGUCUGAAGAAGCAUUCGCGGCUGCACACUGGUCGUACAUCUGAGGUGUUUGCAACAAGACAUUUGGACAAAGUGGGGAAUUGAAGCAGCCCAUCUGCACUUUACCAGUAUCCCUCUCAAUUUUCUGUUCCCUCUUCUAGCGGUGUGCUGCAGUACUUUGGCACAGGGUUUUCAGUAAACGAUAGAAUUGCAGAUUUGUGUAUGCAACGACUAAAGACAACAAUUACCUAACUUUGGGUUUUUCCAUUUUCUUUCUUUUUGCUCUGAUGGAAAAAUUUGCUGUCAGGUUAUCUGUUUUAAUGACAUUUGGCCAUCAAAAACCGCAGUAGCAUUUAUUCGGUGCAAGAUGUCAUUAUCAUUGCAAUUAAUUUGUUACUGAAAUUGUGCAUGAUGUUAAGAAAUAAUAGUGAUGGUGGCAUUUUGUAGAAAUCUUGCUUUUUAUUUUAGGUGAUAAGGUAUUGAGUAUUAAAAAAAGUUACG